CUUUUGAAUCUUGUGAUGGUAAAUCCUUUUUACUAAAAACCUGAACUCAUGUCAACGCAAAAAUGGUGGAAUGGAUCAUGAUUACUUGCAGUAUAAUGCUGUAGAUAUGCAUUGGAACAUGACAUCAUUACUAGAAUCAAAAAGCAAACGGGUCAUGACAGCCCAAACCAGCAACCCUAUUGUCGAAUCAAACGCGCCCACAACACAACUCUUCCUCUGGUGGCCGUUUUCAGUUUCAGUUUUAGUUUCCCCUCCAUUUUUCUGUCAAACCUUCUUCAAAAUUAUAUCCUUUUCUUUUCUUUAAGAAAAACCCUAACAACUUCCAUUGACCAUUCUCUGUCUCUCUCUCUGUCUUCACAUUCAAAACUCAAGUUUACACGCAUAAUAAGCGUUCUUUCUCUCUCUGUUUACUUUGACAAAUAUGUUCUCGUGCGCCAGUCCAAAUGAAAAAUGAGAGUGCUUUGAUCAAUUAAUUCGCUGAUUUCUGUUUAAUUUAUACAUUAACCAUGAGUGGUUCUCAAAGCUCUACCUCCGACUCCGAUUCCAUCGCAGCCGUUGAUCAGAAUGUAAGAAGGAGUCAAAGAAGUGACACUGCAGGUCAAGCGCUGGCUCCUGACUUACCGCGACGCUGGCAUGAUGUUUUCUGGUUAGGGAUUUUCUUGCUUCACUUGAUCGGUUUGGGGAUUGCCCUUGCAAUUCUUGGACUUAAUAGGUUUAAGAAAUCAGAUAGGUUUAAAAUUGAUAGAUUCACUACUGGAUCUUCAGGGAGUAAUAGGGGAUUAACUGAGGAUUAUUGGCCAAUGUAUGCUCUUGCUGGUGGUGUUGGGACUGUACUUGGAUGGACUUGGUUGUUAUUGCUUGGUUCUCGUGCCAAUCAGAUGAUGAAGAUCUCUGUUCAUAUUUUGACUACUUAUCUUGCUGUUAUUAGUGUUUUGUGUUUCUGGUGCGAGCAGUUUUUUUGGGGUGUUGCAUUUGCAAUUGGCGCUGCAUUGCAGUUUUUGUAUGUCAUUUCUGUCAUAGAAAGACUUCCAUUUACCAUGUUGGUGCUGCAAAAAGCAGUGAAGAUGGUAUGGAGUCUUCCUGAAGUUAUGAGAGUUGCAUAUGCGUUCAUGCUGGUUAUGCUUUUGUGGAUGGCAAUAUGGUCUUUUGGAGCAGCUGGUGUUGUGGCUUCAAGCAUGGAAAAUGGUGGGCGCUGGUGGCUUCUUGUGGUUCUCUCAGUAAGCUUAUUUUGGACAGGUGCAGUUCUCUGUAAUACUGUACAUGUUAUAGUGUCUGGGAUGGUGUUCCUUGUUCUUAUUCAUGAUGGCCGUGAAGCAGCAUCAAUGCCUCCUAACCCAUUGCUGAAGUCUCUAAGAUAUGCUGUCACAACAUCUUUUGGCAGCAUCUGCUAUGGAUCACUCUUCACAGCUGCAAUUAGGACAUUGCGAUGGGAGAUCAGGGGAUUGCGGUCAAAGAUAGGCAAGAAUGAGUGCUUGCUUUGUUGUGUUGAUUUUCUGUUUCAUCUUGUGGAGACUCUUGUCCGUUUUUUCAACAAGUAUGCAUACGUUCAGAUAGCUGUUUAUGGAAAAAGUUUUAACCAUUCAGCUCGGGAUGCCUGGGAAUUAUUCCAAUCAACUGGAGUUGAAGCACUUGUUGCCUAUGAUUGUUCAGGUGCUGUUCUGCUGAUGGGAACAGUUUUGAGUGGACUAAUCACUGGAACUUGCUCAGGUGUUUGGACUCGUAUCAAAUGGAAUGACAGAGUAAUCAUGGUGGGAUCCACUGCAAUGUUGAUGGGAAUGGUGUUGGUUGGAGUGGCAAUGGUUGUGGUCGAGAGUGCUGUUACAUCUAUAUAUAUCUGCUAUGCGGAAGAUCCCUUAUUGAUUCACAGAUGGGAUGCUGAAUUCUUCAAUCAAUUAUCUGAGACUCUGCACCAGCGUCUACAGCACAGGAGCGCCCGUGCACGGGAAGUAGUGUCGAGCAAUCGAUUUGAUAUUCACAUACGAGAAAGUAUCCCCGUCUGAGAAGAAAUCAUAUUCACAUACAAGAAAAAUGUCCCUGUCUGAAAACUCAUUUGUGGUUUAGAGUAUACGCACUGUAUAAUUUACUGAACAUCAAGUUAUUGAUCCAAGUACCUGAAUCUUGUAUUUAGUUUGUUUUUUAUUUUUUUCUUUUGGACUUUUAAUACACAGAAAUGAAAAAUGGUAGAUGGUGAAAUCUCUUUUUUGUUCU